AUGUUGGGGGCGAUAGUUCUACUAGUGUUGCUGCCAGCGCUCGUGACUUCAUCUGGAGAUGGGAACAUCAGACUGCUGGAGGAAGAAGUCGGUGCCGCGAUACGGGCCUGUACGCCGCCUAGCAAAGAAGGGGGUCGACAGCGUCGCUCCGAUGAUUUUGGGUACGACGACCAAUACGGAGACCGGACGCCCAGAAUUGAUGGCAAUGAGAAGACAGAUUUAAAUCAGUACGCACACGAGAGACGUAACACCAGUGACACGAGGGAUAAGAUCCAUGUUCUCAACGCUACAGACUACGAUUAUGGAGGAUAUGGGGCUGGUAACAGAGGGGAGAAGUUCGUCAAUACUGUACCAAGACCUGCUGGUGGUGGUAGCUAUAACGAGACUACGAAUACGAGCUUCAAUAGAACUAAAAGAAGUGAGCCGUUGCUAAGUAAGGAAGAUUCUGACCAGUGUCUUAGUCAAUGCGUGUUCGCCAAUUUGCAAGUGGUGGAUUCGAGGGGGAUCCCUCGUGAGGCCGAGCUGUGGAACAAGGUGCAGGGCUCCGUCACUUCGCAGCAGUCAAAAGCCGUUCUUAGAGAUCAGAUCCGCGCAUGCUUUCAAGAACUGCAGUCUGAAGCGGAAGACAACGGCUGCUCUUACUCUAACAAGCUGGAACGAUGCCUUAUGCUGAGGUUCUCUGACCGAAAAUCAGAUGAAGGACAAAAAGAGGAAUCGCAGAAAACCUAACAGCUUUAACAUUUAAACUACCUAUUAAUUUAAAGCAAUGCACAGAGAGGGUGGGUGGUUCUUCGAAUACCGGAAGUCAAUAAUGGCCCCGAUUCCUGCAGACACCGCCUAAUUUUAUUUUAGGUUAUAUCCGUCAUUUUCGUAUCCGUCGAAAAGGAAAGGGACGGAUGAUUCACAGCUCUUAAUUUUAGGAAGAAUGAGUAAAUUAAUGUGUCGGGUUAUUGACGGAUGUAAAAUUUUUAGACGGUUGGUUUAGAUUUGUGCUUAAAAUUGACGUGUGUUCCAUAAAUUUUAUGCUUGUCGAUUACCCGUCCCUUUCCUUUUCGGCGGAUAAGAAAAUGACAGAUAUAACUUAAAAUAAAAUUAGAUGGUAUUUACAGGAAUUAGCACCAUUAUUACCGUAAACGCAAAAAUAUCCUAAGUAGAAUCUUUUUGCAAAUAUCCAGUUGGAACUUAUGUAUGUCGCCAACUUCGUAAGUUCUAACUGGAUAUUUGAACUA